AAGAGAAAGACAAAGAUGGGCACUGCUGGAAAAGUUAUUAAAUGCAAAGCAGCUGUGCUAUGGGAACAGAAUAAACCCUUCUCCAUUGAGGAAAUAGAAGUUGCCCCACCAAAGGCUAAAGAAGUUCGCAUUAAGAUUUUGGCCACAGGAAUCUGUCGCACAGAUGACCACGUGAUCAAAGGAGCAAUGGUGUCUAAGUUUCCCGUCAUUGUGGGCCAUGAAGCAACUGGGGUUGUGGAGAGCAUUGGAGAAGGAGUCACCACGGUGAAACCAGGCGACAAGGUCAUCCCCCUCUUCCUGCCGCAGUGCAGAGAGUGCAACGCCUGCCGCAACCCGGACGGCAACCUCUGCAUCAGGAGCGAUGUGACUGGCCGUGGGGUGCUGGCCGAUGGCACGACCAGGUUCACGUGCAGGGGCAGGCCGGUGCACCACUUCAUGAACACCAGCACGUUCACCGAGUACACGGUGCUGGACGAGUCCUCCGUGGCCAAGAUCGAGGCCGCAGCCCCUCCCGAGAAGGUCUGCUUGAUCGGCUGCGGGUUUUCCACGGGGUACGGGGCUGCCGUUAAAACCGCCAAGGUCACACCUGGUUCUACUUGUGUUGUCUUCGGCCUGGGAGGAGUCGGCCUGUCGGUCAUCAUGGGCUGCAAGUCGGCUGGUGCCUCCAGGAUCAUUGGCAUUGACCUCAACAAAGACAAAUUUGAGAAGGCCAUGGCCGUGGGGGCCACGGAGUGCCUCAGCCCCAAGGACUGCACCAAGCCCAUCGGCGAGGUGCUGUCGGAAAUGACAGGCAACACUGUGAACUACAGCUUUGAAGUUAUUGGGCGUCUUGAAACCAUGGUGGAUGCGCUGGCGUCCUGCCACAUGAACUACGGGACCAGUGUGGUGGUGGGCGCUCCCCCGUCAGCCAAGAUGCUCACCUACGACCCGAUGCUGCUGUUCACAGGGCGCACGUGGAAGGGGUGUGUCUUUGGAGGUUGGAAAAGCAGAGAUGAUGUCCCAAAACUCGUGACUGAUUUUCUGGCAAAGAAAUUUGACCUGGACCAGUUGAUAACCCACGUGUUACCUUUUAAAGACAUCAACAAAGGAUUCGAACUGCUCUAUUCAGGGCAAAGCAUUCGUACUGUGCUGACGUUCUGAGGGAUGCUCAGUGGCAGGGGCCGUGUUGUGGCUGGUCACCCGGAGCCCCUUUUCUGCAGUUUCCUCCUGAGAUCAAUCAGCCGCCUCGCAAACACAAGCAGAAGUGGAAUAUUUGCUGAAAAUAUAGAAGCUUUAUAAAUGCUUAUGCACCUUUCUAAACAUUUAGAGUCUUAUGGACACCUGGGAAUUAGCAGGGAGCUUAACAGCAAUAUUUUAAAGCUUAAUUUACAUUUUACAAGGCUAUAAUUAUAUAUUUGAAAACACGUGUACUUAGAUUUUUAUGUUGGAAUAGAAAUGUCUUUAGCUCCUACUAGUUAAAACUGAUACAGCAUAUAAAGAUACGGUAAUUGUAUUCCCUAAAUAUAUUCAUUUAAUGCUUUGUAACUACUUUUUAUUGGAAUGUGAUUUUUAAAAAACAUUUGUUAUAAAUUAACUUGGAUUAGGUUUUGAAAUCAGCUUAUUGCAUCAUACAUUGCUUGAUUAGAUUAAGAAAGAAAUAGGGAUAUUUAAGGGAAGGCCAUUUUUUUCAAUGAUUAACUACUAGAAUCAUCAUUAUAUAACAUGAUGAAAUUGAAGAAGUACAUUAUUAGGGUGCAUGAGGCUAUUUGUCAGAAAAGAUUGAUAUUUCAGAGAAUAUGCCUUUUUCGUCAUACUACUUAAAUAUAAAAGUGCAGCUAGAAUCACAUUGUAAUAUUUACCCUAAUGUUCAGUUUGAUAAAGUAGAAUUACAAGUCCCUAAGUCUCUAUUUAGUAUUUAGCAAUGACUCCAUUUAAUAAAAAGUGCUUUCAGUUUGGUACCACUGCGCUGGCAUAUCUAUAUGUCUCUAUAACCUGUUAAAAUUCUUAAUAAAACUAAACACUUUGCAAAACGUUUCAUGGUGAUAUAUUUU